GGGCGGCCCCCUCGUCAUCCAGCUGCUGACCCAGACUCACAUCUGUGAUACGGAUACAUUAAGAUGAUUAUCUGUUAGUUCACAGACUCUGGGAAUUAUACUUGAAUUUCCUGACAGUCUGAAGUCGCAGCUUUGGAAAUAUACAUGCUGUUUCCUGCGGGGUUGCUGGGGAAAAUGGAGAUGAUUUCAGGGUUCAUUUUUCUAUGCAUUCUCCAAGCUGCUAUCUCUCAAGGCGUGGGCCCUCGUGGGCCCAGGCCAAUACCUGGGAGAGGGGACAGUCCAGGACCGACUCAGCCCCCACCGAGACCCUCAGGUUGUGAGAGGAUUGUCAACUGUCCCAUUAAGUUGUACUUCACCAUCGACACCUCAGAGACCAUUGCCUUACAGGAGUCCCCGCCUGGGAUUCUGGUGGAAAACAUCAAAGAGUUCACCAAGAUCUUUGCCCAGAAGCUGGCCGAUGAGGAGUACAAGGGCCAGAUCCAGAUCAGCUGGUCCAUAGGAGGCCUACAUUUCUCCCAGACGCAGAUCGUCUUCAGCCAGUUCACCACCAGGGAGAACUUCAUCAGGAACCUCGGCGGCAUCACGUACCUAGGGAAAGGCACCUACAUCGACUGCGCCCUGAAAAACAUGACGCACCAAGUGACUCAUCACUACUCGGGGAGCAGCGCAGUGCUUUUCGCUGUGGUCAUCACUGACGGCCAUGUGACAGGAAGUCCAUGUGGGGGGAUCAAGACGAUGGCAGAGAAGGCUCGUGAGGGAGGGAUCAAGGUUUUCUCAGUGGCAGCAUCCAGGAACAUCGACGAUUUAGGGAUGAGAGAGAUAGCCAGCUCUCCCUCUGAAGUUUACCGUGACGACUACAUAGCUGUAGACAUUGUUGAUGGGCGGCCAAAAAUAAAGAUAGACUCCAUUGAUCGUAUCAUAAAAGCCAUGAAAUAUCAAGCAUAUUUGCAGUGUUAUGAACAUAAAUGCUUUGAGACUCCUGGGAUGCCUGGAUUGACAGGGUCUCGAGGUCCAAAAGGUGUUAAAGGAGACAGAGGUAAAGUUGGGCGAAGAGGUGAAAAGGGUAGACAGGGUGAUCCUGGUAUUGAAGGUCCAAUAGGACAACCUGGUCCAAAGGGAGACGUUGGCUCUCAAGGUGAUAAGGGUGAAAUGGGUUCAAGGGGAGCGACGGGUGUGGCAGGAGUUCCUGGCAGGGAUGGAACUGACGGCCAAAAGGGUAAAAUUGGCCGAAUCGGAGCUCCUGGUUGCAAAGGUGAUCUGGGUGAAAAGGGACCUGAUGGAUAUGCAGGAGAAGUUGGUGACACAGGGUUACCUGGUGACCAAGGAGCAAAGGGAGACAUUGGCCUACCUGGGAAGUCUGGCCCCCUUGGACCUGCGGGUGAUCAAGGACCAAAGGGUGAAAUAGGAAAUCCUGGAAUCCCAGGGCCUCCAGGAAACAAGGGACCUCCAGGACUUGAAGGCUUACUUGGACCUAAAGGCGAAGAGGGAAGGAGAGGAGACUCUGGAGCAAAGGGAGCACCAGGACCCGAUGGACUAAAAGGAGAGAAGGGAGACCGCGGUCCACUGGGAGGCAGAGGUCGUCCAGGGGAAGAAGGAUUUAAGGGUGCAAAGGGAGACCAAGGACUACCAGGGCCGAGGGGUCAGCCAGGAGAACCAGGGCCCUCUGGUGCAAAUGGCACCAGGGGAAACCCUGGAGAUCCUGGACCAAGGGGGGACUCUGGAUCCCAGGGACCAAAGGGAGACCAGGGAAGAGAAGGAUUCAGCUAUCCUGGAUCGAGAGGACCCACUGGAGAGAGAGGUGAACCAGGCAGCAGAGGGCCGAGAGGGGGCAGAGGUGAAUGUGGCCCUAAAGGAGAACCUGGAGACAAAGGACAACCAGGAGAAGCUGGACAACCAGGUGAGCAAGGUGAGCCAGGAGAACGUGGACAGAGAGGAGAACCUGGAACUGAUGGAGACCCGGGACCUGCGGGUGAUCCUGGGCUUACUGACUGUGAUGUCAUGACCUACGUUAGGGAGACGUGUGGUUGUUGUGACUGUGAGAAGCGCUGCGGAGCUCUGGACGUCGUGUUUGUCAUUGAUAGCUCGGAGAGCGUUGGGCUGACAAACUUCACCCUGGAAAAGAACUUUGUUAUCAACACCAUCAACAGGCUGGGCUCCAUGGCCAGUGACCCCGCUUCACCAACCGGCACAAGAGUCGGAGUUGUACAGUUCAGUCACAACGGGACCUUUGAGGCCAUUCGUCUCGAUGACCCCAACAUAAACUCCAUGUCCACUUUUAAAACGGCGGUGAAGAAACUACAGUGGAUCGCUGGGGGCACCUUCACGCCAUCGGCUCUCAAGUUUGCCUACGACACCCUCAUCAGAGACAGCAAGCGAGCCAGAGCCAAAGUUUCCGUGGUGGUGAUCACAGACGGUCGCUUUGACCCGCGCGACGACGAGGAUCUGCUGCAGUACCUUUGUGAUGACGACAAUGUGGUGGUGAACGCCAUUGGAGUUGGCGACAUGUUUAAGAAGACGCAGGAUGAUGAGAUCCUGGGGUCAAUAGCAUGUGGCAAGAAGGAACGUGUCACUGGGAUGAAGAGCUACAUUGAUUUGGUGGCUGAGGACUUCAUAGAAACGAUGGAGACUGUGCUCUGUCCAGAGCCAGUCAUUGUGUGCCCUGAUUUGCCCUGCAAAAGUGAACCUGACGUAGCUCGUUGCGUUAACCGGCCUGUGGAUUUGGUGUUUUUACUCGACGGCUCAGAGCGCCUUGGGGCUGAGAACUUCCGUCUUGUUCGUGAGUUUGUGCAGAAAGUGGCAGACGAACUGGGACUCGCCCGAACCAAGAGCGACCGCAUGCGGGCUCGUUUAGCACUGAUGGAAUUCGGCAAGGAGAACGAGAACCACAUAGCCUUCCCUCUCACACACGACCCUGCCCUCAUCGCUGACGGGAUUGGACGCCUGCCUUAUAUGGAUUCUUCCUCGAGUGUGGGGCCUGCCAUCAUUCACGCCAUUGACAAUGUACUGGGUAAAGGAAAUGCUCGCCUGACGAGACGCAAUGCAGAGAUUUCGUUUGUUUUCAUCACAGACGGCAUCACUGACAGCAUUAACCUGGAGGAGGCGGUUAGUGCAAUGCGAGGGGCACAAGUCGUCUCUACCGUGUUAGCCACCGGCAGUGACGUUGACCAAGAAGUCCUCAUGAAGUUGGCUAUGGGUGACCGGCACGCCAUCUUUAAAGGAAAAGAGUUUUCUGAUCUUUCCCAGUCCGGUUUGUUCGACCACUUUAUCCAGUGGGUAUGUUAAAGUGAGACCAUGUGGACAUGAAUAUCAUGAUGGUGCUACUGCUGAUGAUCUUGCAUUUUUUUUAACGGGAAUUCCACUGUGCACUGUACAGUUUUCAAAUGUCAAUGCAACUGUAUUCAUCCUCAGUAUUUUGUUAUACAAAUACGUAGCACAAGUUGAACUUUUUCAACAGUUAACAGUUAAGCUUUACUGAUCAAAGAUAAUAAACUUGCAGUUUGUAGGA